UAGAUUAGAUAAACGCCGGCAUAUUUCCGGGUUGAUGUAACCUAAAAUUACAAACAUAAACAUGCCGCCGAAAAAGAAUGCCGGUGCCACGAAAGGCAGUAAAGGUAGCAGUAAAUCUUCGGAGGAGAGUGGAAAAGCCGAAAAGAAAGGAGGAAAUGCGGUGAAAGUUAGACACAUACUGUGCGAAAAGCAAUCAAAGAUAUUGGAGGCGUUGGAAAAGUUAAAAGCUGGUCAGAAAUUUAAUGAAGUCGCAGCAACAUACAGUGAAGACAAGGCCAGAUCUGGGGGUGAUCUUGGAUGGAUGACACGUGGCUCCAUGGUAGGACCCUUUCAAGAUGCUGCCUUUGCACUGCCAGUUUCUAAUCUGUCAUCUCCAGUUUACACGGAUCCACCGGUGAAAACAAAAUUUGGAUAUCACAUCAUAAUGGUGGAAGGUAAAAAGUAGCUUAAAGUACAUACCUAUUUUUCAAGCACUUGUAAAGCUGUUAUACAUAUUUGAUUAAGUAAAUAUGAUAAAUAUUAUUAGACUUUUUGUAAGAACUUUGUUUAACAUUUGUGAUAUAUAUCUUUUAUUGAUAAAUAUAAUUUUAUCUGGAAUUUAAA